CUCCGACAGACACGGAGGGCGACCAGGGGAAGAGGCGGCGAGGGGAUUGUCAUGGGGAUCCGCGCCGCCACACGGCCUUGGUAGCAUCUGCGGAGCCCGCGGGGGUCAGGAAGUGUCAACGCCCGGGUCCCCAGCGCCGGCUCGGCCGGGGGAUCCCCGCUGCUCCAGUCCUGAAGAGGGAGGGGGCUCGGCGGGAGCCCUGAUUUUGCCCCGCCCCUGGCUUGUUACCGCGGGGGCGGGGAGUGAGGGCUGCUUUGGGGGGAGUGGAGAUCGGGGACUCGGCGGCGCCUUCCCGAGCAGCGGCCGGUGUCCCCGCGGUGGCGGCCGCGGCUGUUGCAUGCGUGGCUGCUGGAUGCGGAGGCGGCGGCGGCGGCGGCGGCAGGAUGUUAGGGCAACAGCAGCAGCAACUGUACUCGUCGGCCGCGCUGCUGACGGGCGAGCGGAGCCGGCUGCUCACCUGCUACGUGCAGGACUACCUCGAGUGUGUAGAGUCGCUGCCCCACGACAUGCAGAGGAACGUGUCCGUGCUGCGAGAGCUGGACAACAAGUAUCAAGAAACAUUAAAGGAAAUUGAUGAUGUCUAUGAAAAAUAUAAGAAAGAAGAUGAUUCAAACCAGAAAAAACGCCUACAGCAGCAUCUCCAGAGAGCACUGAUAAAUAGUCAAGAAUUGGGAGAUGAAAAAAUUCAGAUUGUCACACAAAUGCUUGAAUUGGUAGAAAAUCGCGCAAGACACAUGGAGUUGCAUUCACAGUGUCUCCAAGAUCCUGCUGAAAGUGAACGAGCCUCAGAUAAGGCAAAGAUGGAUUCUACCCAACCAGAAAGAUCUUCAAGAAGACCCCGUCGACAGCGAACCAGUGAAAGCCGUGAUUUAUGUCACAUGACAAAUGGGAUUGAAGACUGUGAUGAUCAGCCACCUAAAGAAAAGAAAUCUAAGUCAGCCAAGAAAAAGAAACGCUCUAAGGCCAAGCAAGAAAGAGAAGCUUCACCUGUUGAGUUUACAAUAGAUCCCAAUGAACCUACGUACUGCUUAUGUAACCAAGUGUCUUAUGGGGAAAUGAUAGGAUGUGACAAUGAACAGUGUCCAAUUGAAUGGUUUCACUUUUCAUGUGUUUCACUUACUUAUAAACCAAAGGGGAAAUGGUAUUGCCCAAAAUGCAGGGGAGAUAAUGAGAAAACAAUGGACAAAAGCACUGAAAAGACAAAAAAAGAGAGAAGAUCGAGGUAGUAAAGGCCAUCCAUAUUUUAAAGGAUUGUCUUUUAUAUAAUAAUUACUUUCAGAAAAUGUUUUAGGAUAAAUGCAUAAGACUAUGCAAUAAUUUUUAAUCAUUAGUAUUAAUGGUGUAUUAAAAGUUGUUGUUCUUUGUCUGUGA